AUGUUAGGACAGCUUUUGCAUCUAUUCGGCUCAGUGCAUGUCGCAUGUGAGAUACUGAUAUUGUUACGUAGUAUCCGCCGAUCCGUGAAGAGUAGUACUGAAGACAGGAUUAGUGCAUUACCCGACGAUUUGCUCCUGAAUAUAUUGUUGCUCAUCCCUACAAAAGAGGCAGGGGCUACGGCGAUUCUGUCCAAGCGAUGGCGGUCUGUUUGGACGAUGCUGCCACAGCUCGUAUACAAUGGUAGUGACUAUAAACAAGGCCCUGAAAAGAAAGAAAACACUUUGUGGUUUAUUGACCAGUCAUUGCAACUUCACAAGGCCCCUGUAUUAGAAAGUUUGGUUAUACGACUAGGUCCAGGAUGUUCUGCUGAUGUGGAUGUCGAAAAAUGGGUUGGAAUUGCAGCUGGUCGAAGGGUGCGCUGUCUAAAUUUUCAGCUAAGGUUGUUGUCAGAGCCUAUCGUGUUGCCUGAGAGGCUUUACCUAUGCAAUACGCUUGUUUGGCUAACUCUUUUCGAUAAGAUUUUGGUUGAUGUUCCUGAUCAGGUUUGCCUGCCAUCUCUAGAAUAUCUCUACCUUCUCUCUGUGGUGUACAAAGAUGACGAUUCUCUUGUUAGGCUUUUAUCAGGUUGUCGUGUUCUCAAGAAAUUACAAAGUUUGGAAGGAUCUUUGAUUAUAGAUUCUCCAAGUUUAAGAAACAUAUCCCUCCAGGAUUCUACGGCAAACACUUGCUCGAUUGUGAACAAGCCUCCCCUUGAUAAGGCACUUAUCAAUGUAUUUUGUAACCUUGAUGACAACUUUAGGAGAUCUCUUUCCUCGGUUACGUGUCUCGACUUAAUUUUGAACCCUGGUACGGUUGAUUGUUGUAACACCAGUAACUUCUCCCAGCUUAUAGAGUGUAGAAUAAGCCCAUAUGGCUUGUUUUGGUUAGAACCAUUCAUGUGUUUACUUCAAAAUUCUCCUAAACUAAAAGUCCUUCUCAUCGACCAGGUAGUUCUACGACAUGAGAAUUUCCCACUUACGUUCAACGAACCAAGUUGUGUUCCAGAAUGUUUGUCAAACCAUCUCGAGAUCUUUGAGUGGGAAGAAUAUGGGGGAAGAGACGGAGAGAAAGAAGUUGUAAGAUACAUACUUGCCAACUCUAAGUGUUUAAAAAGAGCUGGAAUCUCUAUUGCACCAACCUGCAAUACAAGGAAGAUGAUGAAAGAGUUGAAAUCUAUGUCAAGGUUCAACAGCAUCUCAGCUUCUCUUCUCCACUCAAGUAAAAGCCUGAGAUAUUCCUUCCGGCUAAAUUCAUUGACUGAUCAUAAAAUCCAUUAG